AUGCACAACACCACUACUUGCCACUUCUCUAUCAGCCGCGCUAUCGCUCGUGAGCUCUGGAUCCAACUUUCCUCACUACGUAAAGACGAUUUUAAUCCAUUGGGUAUUUUUAUUCAUGUCCGCCUAUGUGGCAGCACUGUCCGACCCUCGCCUGUCACCAACACCAGCACUGCUUUGGCCUGGGAAAUAUCCAGGGGCUUUUGGAAAGCCUUUGAUGCACUGUCGGAGCGCGAGCAGCGGAUUGCCGCUGCUUACAUAAAUGCCCGUCUCAGCGAAGAGCUCCAGGCAAAACUGGCUAAGCUCUACGUAGAGACGGGAAUACGCGCCGUCUGCAUCGACGACAGUGAAGACGAAGACGAGGAGGACGAAGACGAAGACGAGGAGGAUCCAUUUAUCUCGUUGUGUCCUUUUGCCGGUCGCCGCUGA